AUGUCUGGUCACGUUCGCGUCUUCGGGAUCGAGGCGCCGACGCCAGCACCAACGCUCGCAUCAACGCUCGCGCCGACAGCCUUUCCAACGCCCUACCCGACGGAUUUCCCGACGGCCUUCCCGACGCCCAGCCCGACACCCAGCCCAUCGCAGGCGCCGACGCCCGCACCAAGGCUCGCACCAACGCCCGCACCGACAGCCUUUCCAACGCCCUACCCGACAGAUUUCCCGACGGCCUUCCCGACGCCCAGCCCGACACCCAGCCCAUCGCAGGCGACGACGUCGUCCUCCGCCAUUGGCGACCCACAACUGCAGAACAUGUUCGGUCAGCGGUUCGACUUGGUGAGGCCGGGCACGGUUGUCUUGGUCAGCGUUCCGCGCGGGACGCCUGUCGACGAUGCGUUGCUCGUUGUACAGGCCGACGCGCGUCGAUUUGGGGCACAUUGCUCGGACAUGUACUUCCACGAGAUCAACGCAACAGGGACGCGGGCGAACAAGGCGCGGCCCGGAGGCUUCCACUUCGACGCUCGCGACGCGCGAGACGAGACGCCGAAGUGGCUGAAACUCGGGCUUCUGGAGCUCAAAGUCGGCAGCAGUCACACCGACAAGGGGCAGCCUUACCUGAACGUCUACGUCAAGAACCUACAGCACACAGGGUAUCGUGUCGGAGGGCUGCUUGGAGAGGAUGACUACACGGAGGCGGCGGCGCGUGAGGAAGGGUGCCGGAAGAUGUUGUCCCUGGAGGUGCGUGUAUAG